AUGGAAGCACAUAAGAAUGAAACUGAACCUUUUAAAUUCACCGGCAUCGAAAGGGUGGAGUGUGCUAGCGACGGAUGGAACAAGGACGAAAUUCUGCUAAGGAAAGAAACUAGGUGGAUUCUACCCAUAGAUGCAAUGGGCUGCCUCUAUUCCAUAUCUGAUGAGGGGAGUAAAUCAGUACAUCUUAUGGUGUUCCCCAGGCCAAAUCUACAAGGAUUCAUACAUUCUCUGAUUUUUCUCUUUGCCAUUGAUAAUAUUAACAAGAAUCCUGGCAUCUUACCCAAUAUUACCCUGGGAUAUAAUGUUUAUGACUCAUGCGUAGAUGUAAGAUUGGCAGCACAACGUGUUUUAUAUCUUCUAUCCGGUCCGGGGAAGAUGAUACCGAAUUACUCCUGUAGUAGCCAUGGUCAGCUGGCUGGUAUCAUUGGAGAUCGCCAGUCGUCUACCACUAUCUCAGCAGCACAAAUCCUUGGACUAUAUGGAUAUCCUCAGAUCAGCUAUGGAGCCACCGACCACUCACUAUCUGAUAGACGCCUCUAUCCACAUGUUUUCCGCACAGUCCAAAGUCACCACGUCCACAAUAUGGUAAUAACCAAACUAUUGAAGCACUUUGGCUGGACCUGGGUUGGGAUUUUAGUAUCGGAUGAUGAUGCCGGAGAGAAUGAGCUACAGGUACUAACAAAGUACAUGAGAGAGCACGGGAUCUGUGUCGCCUUUACCAUAAUACUUACGAAGAAAAAUUACGAUGAUGAUGAAUAUGAACGAAUUUCACGUUCAUUAAAUGAUCCACAAGUUCGUGUCAUUAUAAUGUGUGGAACCUAUUCUAGUCAUUUUAUAAAUUUAAUGACAAAAUAUAGACCUUUUCUUUUGGACAAAAUUCUUGUCUUUCCACCAUCUUGGGCUUUUAGCGAGAUCAUUACAGAUCACCAGUUACCACCAUUGAAUGGAAGUCUAGCUGUGGACUUUUUAUCACAACUUUUUUGGGGACAGGAAAAAUUUGUAAAGAACUAUAGAAAAAUUCCCAAAAUAUUCCAUGAGAACUAUUUUUGGACACAUUUAGAUUUAAUAGCAGGAAAAAAAGAUAACGAUUCCUUUGUUUCCUUCAAAAUAUCAAAUAACAGCAUAAUGUCUACUUUACCAAGCCUGAGGACUUACCUCUCAUCUGGCAUCUCUCCAAGAUUGUAUUAUGCUGUAGAAAUCCUGGCAAAAUCUCUACAUGAAAUGUUGUUAUAUAUAAAAGACAAAUAUCCAGAAAAUCCAAUAACUGGACUUAUACAACACAGUCGGAAGUUAAAGAGCUACAUACAGAGGAUGAAGAGUUCACGGGAUCCAAUGAGACCUUCAUAUUACUUUACUGACCAAGGAGAAGCCGUACAUCCAUAUAAGAUAAUGAACUGGAUAUUUAUAGAUAAGACCACACAUAUGGAUGUACGAAUGGUUGAAGUAGGGAAUUAUACCCCAUGGACGAUCAGUGGUCAAGAGCUUUACAUGAAUCCCCAGUCUAUAACAUGGGGAUACGCAAAGGAGGUAUUCCUGUCUCCACCUCUUCCAGAAAAUGUCUGCAAGACUUUGAACUUGUUUCCAUUGCUUGGUGUAAAAGUCCUUGAGCGAAUUGUGUCGAGAAAUCUCUUCCUUUUUCAGAAGGCCUUGGAUUUCUUCUUUAAAGACUUCCUGCUGGAUGCAUCUGAUGAUCGUGACCUUGGCUUGUUCACAGUGGUCGUUGCUAUGCUGAGCAGUAUUGACUGUUGGUACAUGGGCAAAGACAAGAUGUCCGACCAUUCUGUAACAGAUGUGUUCUGUAGACAUUCACCUUUUCUGGACGCCAUUGCACAAGCUGCCUCUGCUUUCGCUCUUGCCUCAGUUGCUAUGGUGCUAGCGGAUGACAGGCUGGUGGUGCUUGAGUGUCUAGAACUAUGGUGUUUAAAUCUUGAUGCAUCGGCGCUAACCGAAAUCCCACUAUCCCGCUGCUCAGACCCAUGUUUACCUGGAAGCCGGAAAAAGGCGGGAAAAUCAAUCUAUACCUGCUGCUAUGACUGCGUCCCAUGUUCAGAAGGAGAGAUCUCUAAUAUAACUGAUUCAGAAAACUGCAUGAAAUGCCCAAGUGAUGAAUGGCCAAAUGAAAAGAGAGACCGAUGCCUGCCCAAAGUCAUGGAUUUCAUCUCUUACCAAAAUGACACAAUGGCUUCUGUAUUCUCCUGUGUCUCCAUCUUUGGAUGUCUUGUGACUGGCUCCCUAUUUGGAAUAUUUAUCUCCUACCGGGACACUCCUAUUGUUAGAGCUAAUAACCGGAACCUGAGUUAUCUCCUCCUGGUCUCCCUCCUCCUCACCUUCCUCUCUGUCUUCUUGUUUCUUGGUCGUCCCAGUGAUGUCACUUGUAGAUUACGUGAAACCAGUUUUGGAAUCUUCUUCUCAGUAGCCAUCUCUUCACUUCUCGCCAAGACUGUUAUGGUUUGUGUUGCUUUUAAGUCCACCAAGCCUGGAAGCCCCUGGAGAAUAUGGCUGAGUGUGAGGUUGCCCUAUACCAUAGUGUUGUUGUGUUCAUCCUUCCAAGUUGUACUCUGUGUUAUCUGGUUGUCUAUCUCUCCCCCAUUCCAGGACCUGGACACUCAGUCUUAUCUUGGGAAGAUCGUCAUUCAGUGUAAUACAGGUUCAGAUAUCUGGUUCUACUCUGUGUUGGGUUAUCUGGGGUUCCUGGCAGCGGUGAGCUUUGUUCUGGCUUUCAUGGUGAGGACAUUACCGGACACUUUCAAUGAGGCCAAGUACAUCACCUUCAGCAUGCUGCUGUUCUGCAGUGUCUGGAUCGCUAUGAUCUCAGCUUAUCUGAGCACCACAGGGAAAUCCAUGGUGGCUGUGGAGAUCUUUGCAGUGAUGGUGUCCAGUGCUGGACUUUUAGGGUGUGUAUUUUUCCCAAAAUGUUUUAUAAUUUUAUUUAAAUCUCAAAUGAAUAGAAAAACUGACCUGCUGGGGAAAAGGAAGGAAUGA